UUGAGCGAUUCUCUCCUCCAAUCAAAUCUACAAUUGAUCUUAUAUAUAAUAUAUAUCAUAUCAUAUCAUCUUGAUGAUAUAUAUCUCCCCAUUUCACUGAUCUCAACAUUUCCAGCGGAAGAAGGAAGGGGUCUUGUUUCUUUAUCAUCAUCAUCAUCAUCAUCAAUUCAUCACCGAUCGAAAUGGCCUCUAAAAGGAUCUUGAAGGAACUCAAGGAUCUACAGAAAGACCCUCCCACCUCUUGCAGCGCUGGUCCGGUAGCUGAAGACAUGUUUCAUUGGCAAGCGACAAUAAUGGGUCCGGCUGAUAGCCCUUAUGCAGGAGGAGUUUUUCUAGUCACAAUCCAUUUCCCUCCAGACUAUCCAUUUAAGCCUCCAAAGGUUGCUUUCAAGACGAAAGUUUUUCACCCAAACAUUAACAGCAAUGGAAGCAUUUGUCUUGACAUUUUGAAGGAACAGUGGAGUCCGGCUCUUACUAUUUCCAAGGUGCUUCUUUCGAUCUGCUCUUUGUUGACUGAUCCGAAUCCCGAUGAUCCAUUGGUGCCCGAGAUAGCCCACAUGUACAAAGCCGACAGAGCUAAAUAUGAAUCCACCGCAAGGAGCUGGACUCAGAAGUAUGCAAUGGGCUAACUAAAUGCAUCAUCCAUCUAAACUGUCUUGUCUUUGUCUUUUGUUUGGUGUUGCCUUGUUUCUAUAUACAAUGUUAAAUAGAUAUUUAUGUGCAAACCUAGAAAACAAAAUUGUCUGAUUAUUAUUAUUUGUAUUUUGAACCAACCAACCAAUUCCCUAUUUUCUUAUUGGAUCUUUGGUUAUUUGA